AUGGAUCGUCGCGCUAGCUUCGCCACCCCGAGCUUCGCCGACCCGAGCAUCCGCGUCAAGAUCCCCGACCAGCUGCCCACGCUGUUCGAGCCUCAGAAUGCCAAUGCCACGCCGAACCCGCGCGCCACCCGCUCCCGCAGCCCCGCCGAUGGCGACGCGCCACCGUCGCCGGAGCACCGCCUCACCGUGCUGGCCCUGCAGCUGGCCGUGCUUGAGAAGGCGGCGAGCCGGCUGGGCACGCUGGCCUUCGUCUGGGCCACGGUCGUGCUGCUGGGCGGCUUCGCCAUCACCCUGAGCCCAACCGACUUCUGGUGCAUCACGGGCCUGCUCCUCAUCGAGGGCACCCGCAUCCUGGGCCGCAGCCACGAGCUGGAGUGGCAGCACCACCAGGCCAGCCGGGCCCGCGCCGCCGUCCGCGCCUUCUUCUGGAUGCAGCUGCUCUCGGCGUCGGCGUGCGUCUCCCUCUCCCUCGUCCGCCUCAUCCACCAGCACUACGGCGGCACCGAGGACGCUCGCUCCAACCGUGCCGCAGCGCUCAACAUCUUCUACGGCCUCGCGCUCGCCGAGGCGCUGCUGUUCCUUGUCGAGAGGGCGCUAUGGGAGUGGAAGGUGGGCCACCGCCGCCUCCUCGAGUGCGUCGCCGACGACUGCAACCUCGCCGGCGCCUACGGCCAGGUCGUCGUACGCCGCUUCUUCUACGACUCCUACUCGCGCUGCCUCAACGGCAGCAUCUUGGACGGCCUCCACAUGGGCCUCGUCUCCUACGCCCAAGACCUCAUCACCGCGGGCUCGCACGACGAGCAGAGCCUAGGCGCCGGCAUCCUCGUCGCGCUCGCCGAGUCCGACCGCUUCGCCGAAGCCACGCUCCGCAGGAUCGGCGUCUCCGCGCCCACCAUCGAGCGCCUCAUCGAGAUGCUCAGCUGGAAGGACUCCUCGGAGCGCGAUGUCCGGCGCUCGGCGGCCGUCCUCGUGUCCAUGCUCACCGGGAGGAAGCUCGUCGCGCUCCGCGUCACCGGCAUUCCAGGCGUCAUCGAGUCCGUCGCGUCGCUGCUUUAUGCCGACCUCGACGAGCUCAACAUCCUCGGCCUCUCCAUCCUCAAUAAGCUGGCGCAAGACCACGACAACUGCGACAAGAUUGGCAAGACCAGGGACCUCCUCGAAACGAUCAUCUCCUACUCCAGCAUCGACCAUGCGCUGGCGUCGCCCUCGCCGAGGGACAUGAGGCUCAAGGCGGUCAAGAAGUCGCUCCGCGUUGUCAAGAGGCUGGCCGAUACGACGGGGGACACCGGGAAGCUGCUCCGACGGGAGCUCACCGACAUCGUCUUCACCGUGAGCAACGUCAGGGAGAUCCUGCAGCGGCACGACAAUAAGGUCCAGUCGGAGCUGCACCAGUUGGCCAUCGAGAUACUCACGAGCCUCGCGAUGGACGAGGAGGCCAGGGAGAUCAUCGGCGGGACGGGGGACGUGGUGAGCGUGCUGGUCACGACCUUCUUGCCGGCGGCGUUUACGACGAAGGAGUGUCAACAGGCGGACGCUGUCCGGGUGGAGGCCGGCGAGGCGCUCGCGAUGCUGGCCCUCGAGAACAAGAAGAACUGCGGAGCGAUCAUAUUGGCUCUUGGCGGAAGGAUCGGGCGGCUCGUUGAUGCGCUGAACGACCCCGUCGUCGUCGUCGGUGCCGCGAGGAUCAUGCACAACCUCUGCUCCUACUCCGGCGACGAGUGGCAGCUCCUUCUGAGAGGGGUCACAGUCGGCGCCGCCAAGGUGCUGAGGUCCAUCACGGUGGAGAAGGACAAGAUCCUCAACAUCUUCAUCGGGCUCGCGGCGCAGAUGCUCCGGUUCAUGGAGCCCGGGGAGCUCCGGGGGAGCCUCGUCGCAGCGCGCGUGGUGGACACGGUGCUGGCGAGGUCGCUGGUGCAGGUGCUGCGGGACUACAGCCGCCCGUCCAUGGACGUGCCUCGGGCCCGACGGUACACCAUAGAGCUUGCCAUGGCAUUGAUGCAGUCGGACGCACGCUACGUGGCCCUGUUCGUGGAGCUCGGCAUGGAGAACGAGCUGAGGAGCGUGGCCAUGACCACCUCGCAGCUGGAGUGCUUCAACGUCUUCUCCGGCAGCGUCGGGCUCAGCCGCCGCGACACCAGCGUCUGUUCCGUUGUCAAGUCAGCGUUGGAGCUGAUGAACAAGGUGUUGUACUGUUCUUCUUUCUAUACAUUAUGA